UUUUUAAAAGAGAGAAAUAUUUUUCUCGACCAUUUCCAAUCUCAUUCAAAUUCGCGUGGAAUUGAAUUUUAAGCAAAAUGCAUAGAGGCGAUCUUCCUUUGCUUCUGUUCAAAAUUUCGGACGAAACUUUGCCAUGUGAAAUAGAGCGUUAUCGAAGCGUUACACAAAUUGUAUCAGUCUAUAUAUGUGCAUUUAUCUCCAUACCGUUCACCGUCGCAACCAUUUUGGUCUAUAUUUGCUUGUCUGAAUUAAGAAAUACCCAUGGAAAAUGUCUAAUAUUCUAUCUAAUUUGCCGAGCAUUGUCUUCCAUCAUAGUAAAUCUUUAUCUCACUCAGAAUUUAGACCUAAUAUUUGUUGGAUUUUACUUACUUUUGAGCUCGACACAAUGGUUGCAAGUGAUCAGCUUCGAUAUCUGGUGGAAUUUGAGGAAUUUUCGUAAUAUACAUCGAAGGCGAAAAUUGUCCGAAGGAAUGCGAAUCUUUUUAUACAUGCUGUAUGCAUUUCUAACGCCGUUUCUUGUAGCGUCUAGCGUCUAUGGGGUGAUUGAAAUACCACCGUUUAAAUCAUUUGUCGGCAUGCAAGAUUCAUGCAUACGAAGCAAGCGAAUAUCAAUCGUAUACUAUUGUCUCACAUUUCCAAUAAUCAUCAUAUUUUUCGAAUUGACCACGCUGAAAAUUUGUUCAGAACAACGGAAAAUCAAAAGGUUAACACCGCCCGACAUAAAUAGUUGGUUUCUAAAAAGCUUUAUGGCUCAAAAAGAGAACUUCCUGUUAUAUCUGAGACUGUUCAUUCUCAUGGGCAUGCAUGUGAUCAUCUCGUGUCUUCUAUUUGAAUUAUCGCUCGGAGCUGUGGCAUCUGGCGUACUGGACAUAAGUGAAUCACUAGAAGGAUUGUGGACUUUUGCGCUGCUUGUACUUAAACGUAACGUGUUACGUUCAAUCAAGCAAAGGUGGGAUCUUAUACGAGCAUCUUUUGGAACAAAAAAUUCGAAUUCAAUCCAGAAUAGAUCCACACUUAAUUCCGAUUCCAAUCCGAUUGUAUAACAAUGCAAUCACUCAUACGGCUAAUGAAAUG